UGAAAAUUUAAAGGAAUCUCUUGUUCUACUAAUUGAUAUCAUUGAAUCUCCAUAUUAACAAUGUCUGCUGGUAUGUCUAACCAUCGUGAAACCUGUCAUAAACACCUGGGUGAAUGUAGACCGCAAGAGUGGGAGCAGAGUGUUUGAAUAGUGGAAGAAUAGAGGAAUAGUGCUCUGGAUAGUGAAUGAUGAACCACUGAGUAGGUGAAGACAUUAAUUUCAAAUCAUAAUACUAACAUACUAUAUAGCUAGAGAUCAAGUUUUCGGUGUUGCUCGUAUCUUCGCCUCUUUCAACGAUACCUUUGUCCAUGUCACUGAUUUAUCCGGUAAGGAAACCAUUGCCAGAGUUACUGGUGGUAUGAAAGUUAAAGCCGAUAGAGAUGAAUCUUCUCCAUACGCUGCUAUGUUGGCUGCUCAAGAUGUUGCUGAAAAAUGUAAAGAAGUUGGUAUCACUGCCGUUCACGUUAAAUUAAGAGCUACCGGUGGUACUAAAACCAAAACCCCAGGUCCAGGUGGUCAAUCUGCUUUAAGAGCUUUAGCUAGAUCUGGUUUAAGAAUUGGUAGAAUUGAAGAUGUUACUCCUGUUCCUUCUGAUUCUACUAGAAGAAAGGGUGGUAGAAGAGGUAGAAGAUUAUGAUUGUUAUGGUAUUUUAGUAUUUCCCUUUUUAAAAGUUAUAUUUGCAUAUUUACUACAAUAUCAUAAUUUAUCCCUUUAAAAUUUCCCGUUUCUUUCAGUUGUGUGUAUAUGUAUAACCUUUAUCUGUU